AUGGAGUCUGUUGCCUCUACUUCAUCCCCUCAUUCCGUUCCUCGGUUCAAGCCCUCCCAACCUGUGGCCGAUAGGAUCGUUAGAGCCCUCCACCAUCAUCUCCGUCUCCUUCACCGCUCCGGUUCUAAUUUCUUCGUGUUGGGAGCCACAGGCAAUGUUUACAUUGUGUCUCUAUCCUCCACCCCCUCCUGCACUUGCCCCGACCGUAUUACCCCAUGCAAACACAUAUUGUUUAUCUAUCUUCAGGCCCUGGGUUUGUCGCUUGAUGACGUAUGUCUUCGGCGAAGAACGCUGCGUCCUUGCCAAUUGAAUCGUUUGCUGGCUGCACCCAUUAUGUUAAAAUCCCUUGCUGAAAUUGGGUUACGUAAAGUAUUUCAUCAACAAUUCUUUCAGGUAAAUGAUAGAGCAGCAUCUUCUUCUUCUUCUUCUUCUGUAACCGUUGAAGAUAUGGAAGAUGGGAGUGCUUGUCCAGUUUGUUUGGAUGAUAUGAAGAAGAAGGAUCGGGUUGUGGCUUGUUCGACGUGUCGGAAUCUUGUUCAUGAAGAUUGCUUCACGAGGUGGAAACGGAGCAAGGGAAGGAGAAAUGUUAGUUGCGUAGUUUGUAGGGCACGGUGGAAAGAUACGAAAGAUGAACAACAAAAGUAUUUGAAUUUGUCUGCUUAUAUCAUCAACGAACACGACACAAUCGAUGCCACUUUAUAUAAUAGCAACAACAACAAUAAUAAUAAUACUUGA